AGGCGCAGCUCAGUUGACAGUUCAGUUUGUAAAUAAUCAUGGCGGACGACACUGGUGCUGAAGCCUCGUCCGGGGCUGCCACCCACGACCCAUGCCACUCCAUCCUGCCCACGGUGCUACACAUGAUAGACGACAACAGCGCCCACUUCAGGAACGAUGACUCUGAGUACGGACAGAGACUGCACAGCGGGUUUGUCCUGCUGAAGGAGAACAUGGAGAAGGUGAUAACACUCUCAGAAGCUGUGAGGAAGGAAGCUCAUCUCUAUGACUUUGACCCACAGACUCCAGGCAACGGCUUCAGAAGCUUCAACAACAUCGUGCAACAAGCCAUCCUCAGUGUCUUCGACCUGUGCAAGCAAAUCUGCACUAACAGGGACUCCCUCCUCUUCAGGAAAGGUCAUUUUGUCAGGGAAGUUGAGGCCUGGGGUCAGACAUUAGCCUCAUUGGUCGUACUUUUAGAUUACAUCGAUAAUAUGCUGUUGCCACGCUGUGAAGAUGGCAACCUUCUGUCUGGCAUCAGUAGCUCACCAAAUGAGCUAAUGAAAAUGCUUAACUCCGUACCACAGUAUUCUUUCUAUGGCCGCUGUUUGGGCUUCCAUUAUUAUCCAUCCCUACGGAAGACAUUGAAAUAUCUGAAUAUAUGUCUGAGUGCUUUCAGUGAGGUUUACUAUGCAGAUGGCAACAACUUCAUGCAGAGGACUAAAAACACAGUUAUGUCAAGCAGCAAGUAUGUCGUUGAUGCUGAGCUUCGAUCUCGGAGGAUUGUUGAUAUGGUCCAAUAUUCUUCAGUGGAAUUCAUUAAAGCUUUUUGGUCUGUGGCAGAGACAGAUUUUAUGACACAACUGCCAGGGAUUGUGGGUCCAAGUCUGGCCAUACAACAAGUAGUAAUUGUGCCAUGUGAGGAGCAGCAAGUUAUGAAAAUUGAUGGUACUGCUACUGUUGUUGUCCCACCUCCUCACUCGCACAUAGAGCCUCGGCCCAUCAUGUGCCAUUUAUUGUCGGCCCAGAUGCGGGAAGGAAUGGUAGGCAGGAAGGUAGGGGUAGACAGGGUUUUAUAUAGGCAUAAAGGCAUAACAGCUGUUGGCCAUCAUAAUUUAAUUUGCUGAGAGUGCUAC